UUAUGCCGCCGUCCGGUCGGAUACGGUUCGCUUGGCUAGCACUGAGAGUUUGUAGACGCUCCCUCGUCGCCUCACCUCUACUCUUUUGUAUCGAUUCUCUUCUCCCGCAAAGUGCGCGCCUGCGCCGCUGCUGCUGCCGAACAGAGCCUCGGCAACCUCGGCUGCAUCCUCCAGACAGCCCCCCUCAGAGGCACCAGCUAUCCAUCCAUCCAUACAAACACCAGGCGAGGAAAGGAGGGGGAGGUGGAGGAGAAGGAGGGGGUUCGCAGACUGGGGGAAGUUCACAACUCGACCGCCGGACAGAGAGCCUUUGGAGCGCAGCCUGCACUGCAACCAUGGAAAGAAAGCGUCCUGGUAUGCCUUCUGGUGCUCGGAUGCCCCAUCAAGGGGCUCCCAUGGGCCCUCCUGGUCCACCAUAUGGGGGCAGCCCUUCAGUGCGGCCUGGAAUGCCAAACACUGUAAUGGAGCCCACUAGGAAAAGACCUGCAGCAUCUCAGCAAGUUCAGCAACAACAACAGCAGCAAGCAGCACAGAAUCGCGCUAGAAAUGCCAAGAGGAGGAAAAUGGCAGACAAGAUUCUCCCUCAGAGGAUACGGGAGCUAGUUCCAGAGUCCCAGGCCUACAUGGAUUUGCUAGCAUUUGAGAGAAAACUUGACCAAACCAUCAUGAGGAAAAGAGUGGAUAUUCAAGAAGCAUUAAAGAGGCCAAUGAAGCAAAAGCGCAAGUUGAGGCUGUACAUUUCCAACACAUUCAACCCUGCAAAGCCAGACACAGAUGACUCAGAUGGCAGCAUUGCAUCUUGGGAACUCAGAGUUGAAGGAAAACUGCUGGAUGAUCCUGGUAAACAGAAAAGAAAGUUCUCAUCUUUCUUCAAGAGCCUGGUGAUUGAGUUAGACAAGGAUUUGUAUGGUCCUGACAACCACUUGGUUGAGUGGCAUCGAACUCCAACUACGCAAGAGACAGAUGGCUUUCAAGUGAAAAGGCCAGGUGAUGUGAGUGUGCGGUGCACUCUGCUGCUAAUGCUGGAUUACCAGCCACCACAGUUCAAAUUGGACCCUAGACUUGCACGGCUGCUAGGCAUUCACACCCAGACCCGAUCUGUUAUUAUCCAAGCUCUCUGGCAGUACAUCAAAACUAAUAAGCUUCAAGAUUCUCAUGACAAGGAGUACAUUAACUGUGACAAAUACUUCCAGCAGAUCUUUGACUGCCCACGGCUUAAGUUUUCUGAAAUCCCACAACGCCUCACCAACCUGCUGUUACCACCAGACCCAAUAGUCAUUAACCAUGUCAUCAGUGUGGAUCCCAACGACCAGAAAAAAACAGCUUGCUAUGAUAUUGAUGUGGAGGUUGAAGAUCCUCUCAAAAGUCAGAUGAGCAGCUUCCUUCUUUCUACAGCCAAUCAGCAGGAAAUUGCAGCAUUAGAUAAUAAGAUCCAUGAGACAAUUGAAUCCAUCAAUCAGCUGAAGAUCCAGAGAGAUUUCAUGUUAAGCUUCUCUAAGGACCCUAAAGGAUACAUUCAGGACUGGCUGCAGUCUCAGAGCAGAGACCUUAAGGUAAUGACAGAUGUGGUGGGAAACCCUGAGGAGGAGAGGCGAGCUGCUUUCUACUAUGAGCCAUGGUCCCAGGAGGCUGUUAGUCGAUACUUUUACUGCAAGAUUCAGCAGCGCAGGCAGGAACUGGAGCAGGCCCUGGCCGUGCGUAACACUUAAAAUACCACUGAUGGCGGACCUCCACUCCUGCUUACCUCCAUCGGUAGUACAGCACACAUCCUUUGAGUUAGCAGUCAUCUUCUGGGAGUUGGAUCUUUGAUUCUCCACGACUUCAUUGGAACCUCUGACUGUCACAUCAUUAGUAUAACAUGAAGUUUGAAUCAACUUGAUUUUUUAUAAAUGCUAUUCUUAUGUGCUAAGAAUGCAAAAAUGACACACACAUAUAAUACAAUGCCAACACAUGAAAACUCUUAUUUAUGUGAAUUCCAUUCCAGUACACAGUGUGAAAUUACAGUAUAGUAGACUUGUUUAUUAAACAUGUAUUCACACAGAUAAAGUAAAUUUUAAAAAAUCCAAAAUCACACACACCCAGCAAAGCUGUGCUUCAUCCCAGUUAAAGCUUCAGUAUGUUUUCCAGUUUCACUGGCGUAGAGUGGCCACAUGCCUGUCUUUUGAACUCUUGGAGUGCAUGUUACGUGGCAGCUCUGAUUGACACAUGAUGGCCGUAGUGCUGCAGAAGUCGUGCAUUUUACUUUAGCUACUACCUACCAUCUGUUGUGACAGAUUUCACAUCUAGAAGCUUUACUGGUUUGCUCCACAAAUUGUUCUGAGGGUCUUGAAUCUUAAGGGAAACGAGCCUCAGUCAGCAGCAUGAGUGAUGUCGAUCGGUAAAGCCAGGAUUUUUAUACUGUACAUACGUCAUGCUGAUUUCUACUAGUAUUAUAUGUUGAACCACGUUCCCAUUUUACAGUUUUAUUAAGCAGGAUGUCAUUGUGUAGGUUUCAGCCUCUUUUUUUUUUGCUACUUCAGCUUCUAACCAUAGCAGAAAAAUAUUGCUGGCCUCUUCAAAGUACUGUAGCUUUCUCCACUCUUUCUAAUGCUGCCUUCCUUUUAUCAUAGAUGGCGUAUAAACAAGAGUGCAAAUACACUUGCAGCUGCUGGCCACAAGAUGGAGGUCGCCUAUACCUUGUUAAUUAAAAACUAAGCUACUGUAGACUUCUCAGAAGUCAAGAAAGCUCUUCAGUUGUUCCAAAUGUAUGAGCCUUGCAGAGCUUUGGCAAGGAGUGAGACAGGCACCAUAAAUGUCAAACCCACAUUUGUUUCUCUUUCCUUAGUUGUACGACUUUAGCAAAUUGUUUACUUUGGACUUUGCUAAUACUCGUCAUACACGUCUUUGUUCAUUUUGCCAUUUUCUAGAUUUCUUAAAUUGAACAUAAUCCAUUAAGGCACAAUUCCCUGUGCCCGUUUGUCUGAUUUUUCACUCUGCUACAUUUGUUAGGUGGUCCCAGUCUCUAAGAUCUGACUGCCAACAGGGGACGCUCAGAGUAGGAGCUGCUUGAUACCAUCAUGUGAUUAGCGGCACUGCUGGCUAACAUUUAGAGUUCCGGUAAUGUGAUCAGUAAAGUCUCCUCCUGUGCAGCAUCACAGCCAACAAAUGUGUGCUUUAACAAAACAAUCUUCAAUUAAAAUAUCAUUUUUUAAAUAUAGUUCUCAUACAGCAAAAAAAAGCCAAAUACCACCAUCCGCAGGUGCUUUACAGGUGCCAUUCCUGUUACUUUUUAAAGCAAAUUAACUGUUUGUUCAUGAGAUUAAAAGCAUGUUAACAAAAAAGGACAUUUUAUAUUCAUUAAGGAGACUGCAAAUAAAUGUUUUGUAAAAUACUGUAAUUCCAGUUGUGUUGCUGCUGGGCUAACCGCAGUGUAGCGUUUGCAUUGGUUUGCCUUUGGCCCUUUCAUUUCCUCCUUACUGUCAAGUUAAAUGAAGACCCCAAAGUGCUGUGUGUGAUAAGGGGUCCUCUGCAAGACUGCUGUAGGCAAGAAAGGUGGUAGCACCCAGGACCCUCACUGCAAGCAGCAGGGAAUGGCAAAUGGAUGAAAUGAAAAGGUCUGGGAGGAGAUGGGUAGUGAAUAGUUAUAAAUUGGGUUUUCUUAAUGUUUUCUUUUGAUAUGCUGCAAUUAUGAUUUACCCUUUUCUUUUAAUAAUAAUUUUCCAAAAAGAUCUUUCUGUGUGUACUGUCUGUAGGUGACUAUCCCGAAACUGUCAAAUGCACUGUGUCCUCGAUGGGACAAUUUGCAAGAAUACUGCCCUUUCAAGAUGGACAGUGUGCUUACUCGGAGUUCUUUUCUUGUGUUCUUGCCGAUUGUACAGGUGACAUUUUGAAGAAACUGUCAAGUGCAGUACUGCCUAACUUGCCAAAGAUUUUAAUACAUGCAAAAAAAAAAAAAAAUUGAGCAGCAUAUUUAAAUUUGUGUCUUUAAAUCUGGAGCCGAGGGCCAGCGUAAUUCAUCUGCACACAGAGGUGGGCUCGCUCGUCGCUCACAGCAGUCUUAGCUCAGUAGUCGACGUGCCGAGGUUUCCACUGUUCAAUGGGGCUUUUCAGACAAAAUUUUAAGAGCGCUCGCUUUAUAGUUGUCGUUUUUUUUUUUUUUUAUUAUUAUUAUUAUUAUUUAAAGGAGACUUUUCUUGUUAUUAUCUGAAGUUGCCCUGCUUGGUCUAAUAAUUAUGAGAAAUGAAGGAUUAUGCCCCUUUUAAAGUGGGUUAGUGCAGAGCAUACGCUGUACACGCACUCAAGGGGAGAAGAGCGAGCUGCGCUGUAGGAUAGCCAUCGCCGUGCAGUGGUCCUGCUUUGGAAGGCCACCAUCACUGCAUCUUGUGUAUUUCUGGGUCUGUCGUUGUCGUGUCCGAGUUUGUAUAAUGAUCCAUUUGAUGGUUUUCUUAAAAAGAUGUUAUUUUGGAUGUUUGCCAUGUUACGUGUUUAACACUUCUUAUCAAACAUAAAUGAAAAAUUCUGCCUUGUUGUUAAAAAAAAAAAAAAAAGUUUAUCCUUCCAGUGCCCGUGUUUGUACAGGUUCCAGCUGGCAUUAGUGGGCACUUUUCUGUUAAAGAUCAACGUUUUCGUGCUUGUUGUAAUGUUAAUUCUAACCCAGUCAUUGUGUAAACUAACUGUACUGCUAACAGACGACGUGUAAUUUCUGUUUUAUGCCCACAUUCACAGUGUAGAAUGCCGAGGGGUUACAAAUAGUAACGUGACCAGCAACUUGGCAAAAAACACCUUUCUAGUUCAGCUUUGGUGUAAUUAAAUCCUGGCACACACCUAGUGGUCUACUUACAGAAAUUGCUGAAAAGUUGAGGCAAAUGAGACAGAGGAGCAGAUCUUGUUGAAUUUUGCACCUUUCCCUACCAUAUAGCAUGUUGAGUAAAAGUAGGCUGGCGGUCAGAAAAUGACUGCUGUCUGCUGCUGUGGACGCCUGCUGCUCACCAUGGCACACAUAGGCUGCAAGUCCUUAACAGAGUGAUGCUCUUCCCGCCUGAGCACUUACAAAGAUAUACAAACUGGCUGACAGGCUUCUUUUUAGAUGUUUCAGUAUAUUUGUUGUAUUUUGAAUCCAGCCCUGUGGCAUGCAGCAUUUUGCUUCUUAGCUCAGGUGUUCCCAUACUGGCAGGGUGGAGUCGACAUGUGAUGGAGGACACAACUGGGCCUUACUUUACCAGGGCCCUGAUCGGCCAUACAGCUUUGGUAAGCGCGCAUUGCCAGUGUGGCACGAAUCAGCAGUCGCCUUUUGAGAAUCUGUGCAGAAAUCAGCUGUGCAUUUGUCAAAUUAUUAUGAAGGCAACUCCACUAAUAAAGUGACAGCAACAUUCUGACAGCACUCCAGAAGGUGCCCACUCUCAAAAUGUGCUUUCUAAGUAGGCCUCAGACUGAACAAAUGAACACCACGCGUGGGUACGUUCUCCAGAAUAUAAUUUCUGCUCCAUGUGCCUUUUGUCUCAUUGGAUGGUGGAAGUGACUGGACUUGGCCACCCUGCUUGCCAAGCCAUAGGUUUGGCCUUUGCACCACCCAGGAUUGGAGAGCCGAUGUGAACGGCUUUUGUUCCUUGGUGCCGUUUCCACAAAGUUUGCUGUCUGAAGUAGUUGUGCUGUAUGAAUGAGGUCUUUUUGCACGAUCAUUGCCAUGUGUUUGGCUUAGUCUAAUGUGGUCUUCAGUUUCUUUGCGUCUCUUGUCAGGUUCAUCGCCUGAAAGUCUCACCCUGUUCACACUUAGCUGCCCUUUAUGCCAAACUGCUCCAGUGUGGUUGUUGCAUGUGACGGGCUUCUUUUAGGCCUGGCCACUACAAUCCCGAAGAGAGCUGCACUUCCCGUUAUGACGUCACUUGCUGUUAUCGUGCUUUGUGUGCGCUCAUCAGUUCAAAUGGAGUCAAGUUUCUGUAGCGGUAGUGCUGAGACUACACAUAAUGAUUCUGCACAAACGGCCUUUUCAGGUCAGUGUGUGCCACCCUGGGUAAUCCACAGUUAAUGUACCAGCCUAUGAGGAGGCAAUGUAGCUGUGGGCAUCUUGUUCCGUCAUAACCCAAGGAGACAAAAGGCAGCAAUUGGGCAUUUAGAUGAAUAAGCCAACCAGUUGCAUUUUAUGUUCCUAUCCGUUUGUUAGGCGGGUGCUCGGGCUGGUGAGGUGGGACACUCUGCUUACGUUUCCAUGUCAGAGAGUGCAGAGGAUGAGAAGACUCUCUGUGUUCUUGUGCUCCAUACUAAGUGGCAUGUGCCAGAGAACAAAGCUUUACCAUAAAAUGGAGAAAAUAAAAAAAGAUGAGAUGAAAAGUAGUGUUCGUUUAGGUGCAGUUUCUCAUUCUGUGCCCAGUGCACCAUCUGGCUACAAAGACUUCUGCGUAUCAGAUGGACAUUCCUUGCAAAGAAGCAAAAUCCCUUUCUUAACAAAGCAUAUUAAUGCAAGCAUUUUAAACAUUAACCUGAAACCAUCACCAAUCCUUAAAAUAAAAAAAAUCUAAGUUACCAGAAACUUGGAGCGUAGGCCCUUCGACUUCAGUAAAUAAAAUAAUAAUCUGUGCAGUAAAGUAAUUCAUGUGGAAACAAACCUGUGAUCAAAUAUUUAUGUGAUAAAUACGUAAAUCAUGAAUUAGUACUUUUCUGAAACAUAACUGCACCACAGUUUUCAAUUCUGUAAAUCUAGAAACUCUGCUUCUCCAUGAUGAAAUGUGAAAGGAAUACAUGAUUUAAAAAAAAAAUUGAAUUAAAUUUGAAAUUGUCCAGGAGAGAGACAGACUUUUUUUGGUAUACACAAAUAUUCAUGUCAUGUGCCGUAAAAGCCCCCUGACUGUCAUUUAUUGUCGGCCUUAAAGGAUUUCAGUUUGCUAACAAAAGUUCUGCGGUGGUCCGCGCGCCCCACGCCAGUCCUGUCUCAUCGAGUCUUCAGGUUGCUCCUAUCCAAUCACAAGUCGUGUUUCUUUUGUAAGCCAUUGAAAUUAUUUUAGUUACAAAGCACCCCUUGAUGCUCCAUAUCUUUAACAUUCCCAGCUCACACACUCGUCAGAUUCAGAAAGUUCAGCACCUCUUUGUGUUCGCUGACAGUUCUGAGGCGCUCACCUUUCUGAUCUGCCAGUCGUGUUAGUUAAGGUUGUCUUUUAAAAAUAGGACAAUGAUGGCAGUCCAUCCACAGUUUUACUUAAACUUUACAAUUUCAACAUUGCAAAAGGAAAUUUUGUUUUGUAAAAAAGUUAAAUUGUACGUUUCAGCUGGAUCUUGUUUUGAAUUCAUGUGCCACAUAAAAAAAAAUAUAUAACCAACCUUUAGUUACAGUAAGUUACAAAAACUUCUCCUUUGUAAGCUCAAACAUAUUUAAGUGCUUGAUAAUUGCAAAAAAAAAAAAAAAAUGAACGACACGCACAAAGUGGAAGUGUUGAGUAGCUGGCUGUUGAAGUGUUACAGAAGCAAAGGACAAACGUUUAGUAAGCAGUAUUAAGAGUGACCUAGGAAGCCUCUUAUAUUUUGUUUUCUUUUUAUUGUCUUUAUACAAAAAGUGUGUUAUUGUUGAAGAACUGAUUGCGUCCUGAUAGUUGUACAAAAUAAAACUUUUCAAGACUGACACCAUCCUGGCACUUGCUGUGUGGUUCUUGUGUCUCAGCCUGACUGUGGUCCACGUCCUCCAAACACGUCCAUCAUGAAUUCACAUCAAUGUCAAUGGAACUGGCAAACUGGGUGAAAAAAAUGCAAAGAAACCUUUCUGUUCGGCACACUACAACCAUAUUCUAAAAAACUUCAUUUGUAUUAGGAGUCUUUGUAAAACAACACACAUUUACUGUACAAAGUGCAUGUGACAUGCUGAGCGACUCCUAAGUUACUGCAUCUCCUCGUAAGCAGCACACACUGCCACCAGUUUGAUCAUUUGAAACUCAAGUCAGCAAAGUUUGCAGCUUUCAUAAUUUAAAAAUGGGCAUGAGAUGGUCACACUGUAAUGCCCACCCUUCUAGGGGUCCAUGGAGGUGUGCCUGCACAUCAGAGCAGGGUGUCCCCUCCAUUAGAGUGGCACCAUUGCUAGAGAAAAGAAAAACUGGCAGCCAAAAAAAAAAAA